UGUGGUGUAAGAAAAUAUCAAAACAGGGGACUGUUGUAAGGCUAGUUUAUAAUUCAAUCUUGGGGGCGGGAAGAGAAGUAAACUGCCCACCAACAACCUCUCUUUCUCUCUCUAAAACAAUCCUUCCCUCCAUGGCCCCCGGUUUUGCACCUUCUCUCUCUCCUCUAUAUAUUCCCUCUAUCCACCUCGCCCUUUUUCAUCACAGCAACAACUUGAUCCACCGACUCCUUCCGUAUUUUCCACACCUUUUCCUGCAAUCCAAACACUCAUUUUUUCUCUUCAUACCCAUCUUCACAGAUCUCUUACCAAGUCUUCAUCCAACAAGAACAAAUUUGGCCCAAGAAUUGAACUGGGUUUUGGAAUUUACAUCAAAUAUGGUACAUAUAAUUGUGUAGAUUAUAGAAAAAAAAAAAAGGCCUUUUGGAUUUUGAGUAACUAGUUUUUUUGAGGAUUUUGGUGGUGGGUCGAUGACGAUCGAAGCAAGGUUGGUAGAUCAGAGAAGAGACACGAAUGUUGGGCAUGUUGCUAAGAUCAUUAGGAAGAAGAAAUUUCAUAGAAGGACCAAGAGGCCAACAGGUCUGCAGAGGCUGUUCGUGUCUUGCAAGGAGGUGUUCAGAGGCCAUGGGAUUGUUCCUUCUCCGAGUGAUGUGCAAAAGUUGUGCCAUAUUUUAGAUGGUAUGAUUCCAGAAGAUGUGGGGCUAAGUAGGGAUUUGCAAUUCUUCAAGCCUAAAAAUCCCGUCAAAGGGACCCCAAGAGUCACAUGCACAACCAUAUACCAGUGCGAGAACUUUUCGUUGUGUAUGUUUUUUCUUCCUGCAACUGCUGUCAUUCCCCUUCAUAAUCACCCUGGGAUGACUGUUUUCAGCAAGCUUUUGCGGGGAACCAUGCACAUUAAGGCAUAUGAUUGGGUGGAUCCUGUCAAUUCAGAUGACUCUGUGCAACCCUCUCAACAUGGUUUUGCAGCAAGAUUGGCAAGGUUGAAAGCCGAUAGUGUCUUCACAGCACCAUGUGACACGUCUGUAUUAUAUCCAACAUCAGGAGGCAAUAUCCAUGCCUUUACAGCUAUUACACCAUGUGUAGUGCUGGAUGUGAUGGGACCUCCAUAUUCUAAAGACGAUGGCCGAGAUUGCUCAUACUAUAGAGACACUCCCUACAAUGCUUUAUCAAAUGGAGAAAAAAAUACAGUAGCAAAGGAAGGAGUUGGUGACUCUUAUGGAUGGCUGGAAGAGAUUGAGAUGCCGGAGGACUCCCAGAUGGACGGAAUCGAGUACUUGGGUCCACCAAUUUCUGAAUUUACUUCCUAGCUAUCUAAUUAAGGGUAGGCAUACAUCAAAAUCUGAAUCUUUUUUUUUGUUUUUGGGUUUAGUUUGCAACUUUUUUUUGGUUCUUUUGAUUUCGUCUUUGUGGUGUUCAUUUUGUUUUUAUAUGUGAAUGGAAGGUCGCUGUGUAGAUGGAAGAAAGAAAUUUUCGAAGAAAUUUUCUUAGUUUUAUACUCUGGUAUAUGUAUAUAUAACAUGGUUUUGACAUUUUAGUAAGAAACUGGGUGUACCAGUUAUGUAGUUUACAAAUUCACAA